CGCUUAUGGGCGUGGUGGACUCGUCCAAGUCAAAAGGACAUUCAGCUGGAAUGUUUGAACUCUGCUCGAUACUAUGAAGAGUGGGAGGCUGCAGCUUUCGCAUUGGACGAACUCUUCGGCAACGACCUCUGGUUCGAUCUUUCCUCGCGCGACNAGAAUCCCUCUUCGAAACACUAUGACUAUCGCCUGAUUCAUUCAAGACUACAAUAUAUCCUAGAAGCUCGAGAAGACGAUGAUAUUCUUGGUCUGGUGAAUCUUCUGCGUUCCGGGCUGGUCCGCAACCUUGGGAACAUCACGGCACCUCGUCUGUUCAAUCGUGCUUAUGCCGGUACUAAACUCUUGAUUGAAGACUAUAUUACUCAAGUCGCGCUCGCUGUCGAGUAUGUCACGGCUUAUCCUACCUCGCCGAUGUACGACACAAGUUUGACCAACCAGGCCAAGCUCGAUCUUCUUCACGACACUCGACAGGCUUUGGGACGUAGUGUUCUUGUGCUACAAGGAGGAUCAAUCUUUGGACUCUGCCAUAUUGGUGUGGUGAAAGCUUUACAUCUAGGAGGUCUGCUACCACGUAUUAUAUCUGGAACGGCGACUGGUGCUCUCAUGGCCGCCCUUGUUGGUGUGCACAAUGAAGAUGAACUACUCAAAUUCUUGAGUGGUGAGGGCAUUGAUCUCACCGCUUUCGCUACACGAUCGGCUCAGAUGUCUAAGAACGGCAAUAGCGGUUUGAUGCAGCAUGGCUGGUUCUCGACAUGGUUCAGACGUGCCAAGCGUUUCGUUACUGAGGGCUAUCUUCUGGAUGCUCAGGUGCUAGAAGAAUGUGUUCGUGCCAAUGUGGGAGACCUGACCUUCAUGGAAGCCUAUCAACGAACCAAGCGUGUGUUGAAUAUCACUGUGGCUCCAAUGGGUAAUGGCAUGCCUAACCUGCUCAAUUAUCUCACGGCCCCAAAUGUGCUUAUUUGGUCAGCAGCUCUAGCUUCAAACGCCUCUGAAGUCUUGUAUUCUCCUUUGACCAUGAAAUGCAAGGACGAAUCAGGCAACAUCGUUCCCUGGGCCUCCACCCACCCGAUCAAUCUACGCCCAUCAACACCUCUCGGCUACGCAUCCGAGCGGGACUCACCUCUCACGCGCAUAGCCGAACUCUUCAAUGUGAACCACUUUAUCGUCUCUCAAGCUCGCCCUUACAUCGCACCUUUCCUUCGCAGCGAUCUCCACAGUCCCAAACCUGGUUACAAAGGCAGAUCAUCUCUCACCACCAGCCUAAUGAAAGUCAUGGUCAUGGAAGUUCAGCAUCGCUUGCAUCAAUUAGAUUCUCUAGGUUAUUUGCCUGCACAAAUCCGUCGUUUCUUGCUGGACGAGAACAUUCCUGGAGCUUCUUUGACUCUUGUUCCUGAAGUAAGCUUCUCAGACUUCUGGAGAUUGCUCGAGAAUCCUACCAGGCAGAGUGUAGAGUACUGGAUCUUGAAAGGAGAAAAAAUGGUUUGGCCAGCUGUGGAUGCACUAAAAGUUAGAUGUGCAGUGGAGGUGGAAUUGGAUCGAGGAUACCAGAUUGUGAGAAGAAGGAAACCCUUUGAUGCCAGUCCUAUGGCAUCUGCGCAUGGAACUGUCAGGUUGGACAAAAAGGCAUCAAAGAGGAGCUCGAGCUCUGCGCUCGAG